AUGUCAAAUUCAUUAAUUAUGCAUCGAUUUAUCCUACUUGUAACCAUUGUGUUGGCCAUGAUCUUGGUUACUCAGGCAGUUGAGGCUCGUUCUCUUAAACACCAGGUUAAGAAGUAUGGCAAAAAGCUUUCCAAGCAAGCACCUGAUCUUCUUGAACAAUACACCGGACAAGGGAAGAAGGGGGGCCACAAGGACAAGAAGCACAAGAAGCAUCAUUAA